UGGAUGUAUUGUUGUUCCGGAUCACAGACCUCAGGCCGGACCGUUGGGCUCCGGUGGCUCCGGUAGGUCCGUUGUCUCCGUUUCACCAGGAUGGGAGAGGCCGACGUGACACUGAACCAGACCGACGAGAAGCCUCCGGACGCGGCGCUGGGACCCGGAGAGGACUCGGUGGUCUGGAGCCACGAGGUGGAGGUCUGCCUGUUCCACGCCAUGAUCGGGCACAAACCCGUGGGUGUAAACAGACACUUCCAUAUGAUCUGCAUCAGAGAUAAGUUCAGUCAGAACAUCGGUCGACAGGUUUCCUCCUCCGUCAUCUGGGACCAUCUGGGAACCAUGUACGACAUGCAGGCCCUGCAUGAGUCUGAGAUCCUCCCGUUUCCAAACACAGAGAAGAGCUUCAGUUUACCUGAUGACAUCAUCCAGGAGGUCAAGGAAGGGAAACUGGGUUCAGAGGAGGAGACCAAAGACGAGUUCAGAAUGGAGAGAGAACCUCCAGCCAUGCAUGAAGAAGGCAGUAACUCGUCAGUGAAGAUGUCAGAGCGAACCAACAGCGGCCGAGACAAAGACAGAGACCGAGACAAGGACAAAGGAGGAGUGGAAGGAGGAACGUCAUCUUCGUCGUCAUCAGGAGGAGGAGGAGGAGCAGGGGGAGGAGCCUCAGGAGGAGGAGGAGGAGGGAAGGAGGCCGAGAAGAGGAAGAGGAGCAGAGCAGCUGACAAACUCCUGCAGACCAGCAACCCUGCCAGCCCCGGAGGAGCCAAGAGGAGGAGGACCUGAACUAGGACCGGGACCUGGACCUGGACCUGGACCUGGACCGGGGCUGGGGCCAGAGGAGGAGGAGCCAGAGCAGCUGUGACUGGGGACCACCUAGGCUCUGAUUGGCUGAUGGUCAUCCCAUGUGAAACUUUUAUUUUGAAAAACCUGGACUUGUUUUAUUUGGAUGGUCUGUCUGAGGUCAAAGGGCAUGAGGACAGAACAUGUGGACUUCACUGACCAUUUAGGUUCCUUUUCCUUCAGCCUUUUAAUUAAAUGUUUGAUCUGUUGGUUCUGUUGGUUCUAUUUGUGUUGAAUCGUCUGAACAUUAACAUGACAUUUGGUUCAGUUCUUUAGACUCUGGUUCUUUGGGGAUGUUUCAGUUCGUAAUUCUUAGUUCUGGUUCUGGUUCUGGAUGUUGUUUCUUGAUGAUGGACAGUUUCCAAGUGUUUGAUCCAACGCUGAUGCGUCCGUUCAGCGGACACAUCCACGUCCACAGAGGGACGAGGACGGGACCAGGACAAGGGGCGGCGCCUCAGCUCUGUCUCCUGGUCUUCACAGGUUUGUCUCCAGUCGACAAGAACCAGACUCAGACCGCCUCCUAAUCCACAUUCAGAUCCGGGUCCAGGAUCCUCAUCUGAUCCAGGUUCAGAUCCGGGUCCAGGAUCCUCCUUGGUUUGUGGGCUGGUGCUGGUGGUUUGUGUGUAGUUUGUGUGUAGUUUCAGUUUGUUGGUCACAUGAUGUUUUCCAUGUGAUAAUAAUAUUAAUAAUAAUAAUAAUAAUGUUCUUUUUAAUAAUAAAUGUUUUUCAUAUCA